CUGCACAUGUUUUUGGGAGGAGGGAGCUGGUUCUCUUACCUUACUCCAGCUGCAGACUUCUCACGGCGGACGCAAGCUUGCAAUGUGAAUCAGACGAACACGCCACAACAGCCCGGGGAGACGAUAAGCUUCGGUGUGUCUUGUGCACCGUGAGAGCUAGGGUGGAAAACGAGAAGCCAGGCUGGAUUAAAAUGCCAUCUAAAGGGAAAUAUCUGAUAAAGGACAAUGAGGAUUGGAUUAUCACGCAUUCGCUUUAUGAAAAAUAUCAGUGCAUUAGCCAGCACUAUCCAUUGCUGCUCAUCUUGCUCUUUGUGGUCGGGACUGCCUGUGUGACUCUAGUUGCUCUGUUCUUCACAACCAGCAAAGACCCAUCACAAAAUCUUGCCUUCAUCAUCACAGUAUUCGUGGCCCUGGUGAUAUUCUGUGCUCUGUAUGUGUUGGUAUACACAGAAUCAUUUGUGCAAAAAUGGCUGCGGGUGUUUUCCCUGGUUAUCUGUGCCUGCCUGCUUGCUAUUGGAUAUGUUUUAAUUUAUGAUAAGCCAGACAAUGUCCAGACAUGGGAUCAGGUGCCCUUCUUCCUUUUUAUAACAUUCUCUGUAUACACCAUGCUGCCUCUUGGGAUGCGUGCCUGUCUGAUUAUCAGCAUAUUCUCUGGAAUGUCCCACAUUGUCGUCAUUAGUGUCACAGUGAUGCUGUCCUCAAACACUCGAGACACCAUUGCUUUUGAGCUUAUUGCAAAUGCUAUUAUAUUCAUAUGUGGAAAUCUGAUGGGGGCUUUCCACAAGUACCACAUGCUAGAUGCCUCCAGAGACCUUUACAGAUAUACUGUGAAAUGUAUUGGAGUAAAGAUGAAACUUGAAAUGCAAAAGAGGCAACAGGAGAGCCUACUGCUGUCUGUACUUCCAGUCUAUAUCUCGAUGGAAAUGAAGUUAGCUAUUCAGGACCGACUAAAGGAAACCAAUGACAUUCAUCAACCAGACAAAAACUUCCACAGUCUGUACGUGAAGCGGCAUCAGAAUGUCAGCAUCCUCUAUGCAGAUAUCGUGGGAUUCACUCGACUUGCCAGUGACUGCUCACCCAAAGAACUCGUUGUUAUGUUGAAUGAGUUGUUUGGAAAGUUUGACCAAAUAGCAAAGGAAAAUGAAUGCAUGAGGAUCAAGAUUUUAGGAGACUGUUAUUACUGUGUCUCUGGUCUGCCAGUGUCUUUACCCAACAAUGCUAAAAACUGUGUCAAGAUGGGGCUGGACAUGUGUGAUGCAAUUAAGCAAGUGAGAGAAGCCACUGGAGCAGACAUUAACAUGAGGGUUGGAGUGCAUUCUGGAAAUGUUCUUUGUGGCGUCAUAGGGCUGCGAAAGUGGCAGUUUGAUGUUUGGUCACAUGAUGUUUCCUUGGCUAAUCGUAUGGAAUCUGCAGGAGUACCAGGUCGGGUCCACAUCACAGAAGCAACACUGAAACACUUGAAUGGAGCUUACAAUGUGGAAGAAGGACAUGGGGAAUUAAGAGAUCCUUAUCUUCAGGAAAUGAACAUUAAGACUUACCUUAUCAUUGAUCCAAGGUUCAAACAACGUCGGAGCCAGAACAAUCACAUCCUUCGGCCCCGAGUAAAUGAUGGCCUUAAGGUUCGACCUUCAGUUAGGAUGACUCGGUAUCUUGAAUCAUGGGGAGCUGCAAGGCCAUUUUCUCACCUUGACUCCAAUGAGCCCUCCAACACUGACUCUUCUGUCACGAAUGGAAAACCAAAGCGGGAAAUCCCCAUGCAAGGAAUGGGGCGGCAUUCUAACACAGAAAGGACUGUGUCACAGAAAAGGAAUCAGGAGGAAGAACUCCAUGACAGAAUGCUGAACACAAUUGAUGGGCUCAGUUCCGUCAAACCGUGGUUUGGUAAAUCAGAUGACUUUUAUGCCUUCCUGUUCUUUUUCACUGCUGAUGGCCUGGAAAGAGAGUACCGCACCCUCAGAAUACCUAAGAUCCGGAAUUAUUUCUUGUGUGCCAGUGUAGUGUUCUUGUGCAUAUUCUUGAUCCAAAUUUUGGUCAUGCCAAGGAGUGUAAACUUAGGUGUUUCAUUUGCUGCGGUGUCCUUGAUCAUGCUUUGCGUGUUGCUUAUUUGCUAUGCAGACAAAUGUGUGCGUUUCUGUGGGGAAAGUUCUCCUAUGUCACGGUCCCUAUGCUCUAUAGCAGAAAUGGUAGAGACUAAACCUCUAGUGAGGGUUUUACUGGCAAUGUUGACAAUAGCAGCGCUCCUAGUAAUCGCUAUUCUUAAUUUGCCUUUAGACAAAACUCUCCAGAAAUGCAAUGGCUCAAGCUUAGAGAUGGACAGUUGUCAAAGCAUACCAUAUUACAUAUACUGCUGCAUUUUGGGUUUUAUUGCAUGCUCGGUGUUCCUGAGAAUGAGCUUCGAGAUCAAGAUGCUCCUUCUGUCUUCUGCCUUCAUAGUAUACAAUGUCAUCAUAUUUCAUACGCAUUCUGCCUUGUUCAGAAGUGCUUUACCACCCAGCAACAGUUUUGUGGGCAUUAUGGAAGACCUGCAAAGGAUAUCCUGUUUCUAUCUGUCAUUAUUCUUCCUCAUAUUAGUGUUAUUGGCAAGGCAGGUGGACUAUUACUCCAGAUUAGACUGUUUAUGGAAAAAUAAGUUUAGGAAAGAAGAUGAAGAAAUUGAAACCAUGGAAAAUCUGAACCGGCUUCUAUUGGAAAAUGUACUUCCUGCCCAUGUGGCUGCCUAUUUUAUUGUCAACAACAAAAUAAAUGAGGAUUUGUAUCAUCAGUCGUAUGACUGUGUCUGUGUAAUGUUUGCAUCAGUACCAGAGUUUAAGGUCUUCUACACAGAGUGUGAUGUCAACAAAGAGGGUCUGGAAUGUCUGCGGCUUUUGAACGAGAUCAUCUCUGAUUUUGAUGAGCUUUUAAUGAAACCAAAAUUCAGCGCAGUGGAAAAAAUCAAGACAAUUGGCAGUACCUACAUGGCAGCAACUGGACUCAUUGUAACUCCUGGGCAAGAAAGUAACCAGGACCAAGAAAAGCAGAAUGCUCAAAUAGGAAUCACUGUUGAAUUUGCUAUGGCUUUAAUGCAGAAGCUAGAUGGGAUCAAUAGGCACUCCUUCAAUAAUUUCCGCCUACGUGUUGGUAUAAACCAUGGACCUGUUAUUGCUGGAGUCAUUGGAGCUAGGAAACCUCAGUACGACAUCUGGGGGAAUACUGUGAAUGUUGCAAGUAGGAUGGAGACCACAGGAGAGCUUGGGAAAAUUCAGGUAACAGAAGAGACGUGUCGUAUUUUAGAAGGACUGGGAUAUUCAUGUGAAUGCAGAGGACUUAUCAAUGUUAAAGGAAAAGGAGAAUUACGGACUUACUAUGUUUGUACAGACAUGGCCAAAUGUCAGAGCAUUGGAAUGAACUAAACCCACUCAUUAUUUGACCUUGUAAAAAGAUACUUGCUGCCUAAUUUUAUAUGAAGAUAUUGACAAAUCUGUUGAUGACACUCCCAUUCCAAUAGCAUAUAUAUUGGAGGAUGUUUUACAUAGACUGCCAAUCUUUGCUUGUCAG